CGGCAUUCAUGUUUUUUCUAUAGUGUUCAAUUGCUUUUAAGUUUUUUGUUCUCCUGUUGUUUCUGCAGGUUAAGUGUUCAUCUUCAAUCAAAUGGACGAUACUUCAAGGGAUGAGGGGAUCAACACCAUUAGGAUCCUGGUUGUUACGGACUGUCACUUGGGCUAUAUGGAGAAGGAUGAAGUACGUAGGCAUGAUUCAUUUCAGGCAUCUGAAGAGAUAUGUUCAAUCGCGGAGAAAAACCAGGCAAAAUUUGUGCUUCUUGGUGGUGAUCUGUUUCAUAGGAAUAAGCCAUCCAGGGCAACACUGGUGAAAGCCAUUGAGAUUCUUCGCCGCUAUUGUCUCAAUGAUCAACUGGUGCAAUUCCAAGUUGUUAGUGACCAGACAGUGAACUUUGCUAACCUAUUUGGUCAUGUAAAUUACGAAGAUCCUCACUUUAAUGUGGGGUUGCCUGUUUUCAGCAUUCAUGGCAAUCACGAUGAUCCAGCUGGUGUGGACAACCUAUCUGCAGUUGACAUCCUUUCGGCAUGCAAUCUUGUCAACUAUUUUGGUAAAAUGGAUCUCGGUGGUUCUGGUGUUGGACAGAUCGCUGUGCACCCUAUUCUUAUCAGGAAGGGUUUAACAUCAGUUGCUCUUUAUGGUCUUGGGAAUAUCAGAGAUGAACGGUUGAAUAGAAUGUUUCAAACACCACAUGCUGUGCAAUGGAUGCGACCUGAGGCUCGGGAAGGGUGUCAAGUAUCAGACUGGUUCAACAUUUUGGUACUUCACCAAAAUAGAGUAAAGACAAAUCCAAAAAAUGCAAUAAAUGAGCAUUUCCUGCCUCGGUUUCUGGAUUUUAUUGUGUGGGGUCACGAACAUGAAUGUUUAGUGGAUCCUCAGGAGGUUCCAGGUAUGGGUUUUCACAUUACUCAGCCAGGUUCAUCUGUUGCGACAUCACUGAUUGAGAGUGAAUCAAAACAAAAACAUCUACUUCUAUUAGAAAUUAAGGGAAAUCAAUAUCGUCCAACAAAGAUACCUCUGAACUCAGUGCGUCCUUUUGAAUAUACUGAGGUUGUGCUGAAGGAUGAACCUGAUAUUGAUCCUAAUGAUCACAGUUCGAUUCUUGAACAUUUGGAUAAAGUAGUCAAAAAGUUGAUAGAAAGAUCUAGUCAAAAGGCUAAUAAUGGAUCUUCUGUAAAGCUCCCUUUAGUUCGAGUAAAGGUAGACUACUCUGGGUUUAUGACUAUAAAUCCUCAAAGGUUCGGACAAAAAUAUGUGGGGAAGGUUGCCAAUCCACAGGAUAUUCUCAUAUUCUCAAAAUCUUCAAAAAAGUUUGGCAAGGAAGCUAAAUUUGAUGAUUCUGAGCGGCUUCGCCCUGAAGAAUUGAAUCAGCAAAACAUUGAAGCUUUAGUUGCUGAGAGCAAUUUGAAAAUGGAGGUACUUCCAGUGAGCGAUCUGGACGUUGCCUUGCACAAUUUUGUUAAUAAGGAUGAGAAAAUGGCUUUUUAUUCUUGUGUACAAUACAACCUUGAGGGAACUCGAAGCAAAAUAGCUUGUGAUUCAGAUCUGGUGAAAUUCGAAGAAGAUGAUAUAAUUUUAAAAGUUGGAGAGUGCUUAGAGGUAAGAAUUUUUAACUCUUUCACU